ACAGUUCCGAUAGUUUGAACAUUUAGACACUUCAUUUUACAUAUGCGACUAACCUUAAAUUUCAAUUUAUAUCUGUCUUCAAAUCUGCAUAUAGAAUAACUAAACAAUGAAUGAUAUUCCAGGCUUUUCAGAUGCCAACGAUAGUAAAAUUGAUAAUACUGAAGAUGGCACACAAAAAAAGAAAGAAAAGAAAAAAGGAGGAGGUUUCCAAUCUAUGCAUCUAAAUUACAACGUUAUUAAAGGAAUUACUAAACGAGGGUAUAAACAACCAACACCCAUUCAAAGAAAAACUAUUCCUAUAAUAAUGGAAGGUAAAGAUGUUGUAGCUAUGGCUAGAACGGGAAGUGGGAAAACUGCUGCUUUCUUAAUACCUUUAUUUGAAAAAUUAAAAAUGCGUAUCGCUAAAACCGGAGCCCGAGCUUUAAUUUUUUCACCUACAAGAGAACUUGCUCUACAAACAUUGAAAUUCAUUAAAGAAUUGGGUCGAUUUUUGGAUCUAAAAGCAGCUGUAAUUUUGGGAGGAGAUUCUAUGGAUAAUCAAUUUUCAGCUAUCCAUGGAAAUCCAGAUAUCAUAGUUGCUACUCCAGGAAGAUUUUUACAUGUUUGUGUUGAAAUGGAACUGAAAUUGAAUAGCAUAGAAUAUGUUGUUUUCGAUGAGGCUGACAGAUUAUUUGAAAUGGGAUUAGGUGAUCAGUUGACAGAAAUAAUUAGAAGAUUACCUGAUACACGACAGACAGUCCUGUUUUCUGCUACUUUGCCAAAAGUUUUGGUAGAAUUUGCAAAAGCUGGAUUAAGUGAUCCAGUCUUGAUUAGAUUGGACGUGGAAUCUAAAUUACCUGAAGAACUGGUGUGUUGGUAUUUCACUGUUAAGCCAGAAGAAAAAUUAUCAGCUUUAUUAGUACUCCUUCAAUCUUACAUAGAUUCUAAACAACAGACUGUUGUUUUUGCAGCAACAAAACAUCAUGUUGAAUAUUUACAUAUGGUGUUAGAUAAAGUUGGUAUUAGUAAUACCUACAUAUAUUCAGAUCUCGAUCCAUCUGCAAGGAAAAUUCAUGCUGCUAAAUUUAGUCUUGGUAAAGUAAAAGUGCUUAUAGUUACAGAUGUUGCAGCCAGAGGUAUUGACAUACCAUUGUUGGAUAAUGUUAUCAACUACAAUUUUCCAGCCAAAUCAAAAUUAUUUGUACAUCGAGUAGGUCGAUGUGCUAGAGCAGGUAGAAGUGGUACAUCUUUCUCAUUAGUUUCUCCAGAUGAGUUUGCUUACCUGUUAGAUUUACAUCUCUUUUUGGGACGUACACUUUCAAUUACAACUGCUGUUAAUAGAAAUGGAACUGUGGGCAGGAUUCCUCAAUCUCUACUCGAAGAACAGCAAAGCACCUUAUUAACGCUGCAUGAAAAUAAUAUGGAAUUAAUAUCCGUAAGAAAAGUAUCAGAGAAUGGCUAUCAACAAUAUAUCAGAACUCGACCUAAUGCAUCAUCUGACAGCAAUAGAAGGGUUAAAGAAUUGCCUCUUUCAUCUUGUUGGGUACACCCUAUUUUUAAAAAAAUAGAAGAAAACAACGAACAAGAAAUAGAGAAUAUUUUGGACAAAAUGAAAAACUACAGACCGCAAGGGACAAUAUUUGAAAUUUGUGGAAAAAAUAAAUCUGAAGAAUAUAUGACUAUGAAGAAAAAACGAGCUUUCCAUAAAGAUAAAAUAAUAGCACAUCAUCAAACAGUGAAUAAAAGGAAAGCAGUAAUGGAAGUACUUGAUGCUGAAGAAUCCAAAUUGCAAUGUAGUAAUAAUGAUGAUAUUAAUGACACAUUCUCUAGUGUGGUUUUACCUAAAAAGAGAAAAAUGGAUAUAUUGUACAAAAAGAGCAAGAAACGGAAAGUUCAGGACGAAAAUUAUAUUCCUUAUGCACCAUCCGAUCGGCAUACAGAAGAGGGACUAGCGGUCAAUAAUUUCCAAAAAGAAGCAAUGAGUGCUCAAUUAGAUUUGGUGGGCGAUUCAAGAGAACAAAUGAAAAUGAGUAGACAAUUGAAAGUUUGGGAUAGAAAGAAGAAGAAAAUGGUUGCUGCUUCUGAUACAAGAACAGGCAAAAUUAAAACAGAAGCUGGUGUAUGGAUACCUGCUACUUAUAAAAGUGAUAGAUAUGAACAAUGGAAACAAAAAACGAAAGCUGAUCAAGAUGGGUUUGAUGAUAAUGAUGAAGAUGAUAUAUCUGCUCCAAAGGUUCCUGUGAGAAACCCUCACACUCAUUGGGCAAGACAUAAUGAGAAAGUUAAGAUGAAACAAAGAAAAUCAGAGCUUAAAUCAACUGAUCAAAUUGUAAAGGCUCGGUUAAUAGCCGAGAAGAGGAAACAAAGACAGAAAAAGGGGAAAUCAAAAAAAGGAAAGAAAGGAAAACGUUAAGAAUUUAUCUAUGUUUGAAAUUUCUAUUAUUGAAUAAAUUUAUUUUUCUGCAAUAUAAUUUAAGUGACA